GGAGCACCAGCCAUGGGGUGUUGUGAGAUGAAGGGAUUAUUGCUCUGGAGAGUCGGCCUCUUCCUCCCCCUGGUGACAGCGCGCCCCGCCGCCGCCGGGCACGUCGCCAGCAACCACGUUGUGUUACUUGAUACCACAGCUGCUCUUGGAGAACUGGGGUGGAAAACGUUCCCUUUGAAUGGGUGGGAUGCCAUAACUGAAAUGGAUGAACACAACCGUCCCAUUCACACUUACCAGGUGUGCAACGUGAUGGAACCAAACCAAAACAACUGGCUUCAAACCAACUGGAUCUCCCGGGAUGCUGCACAGAAAAUCUACGUGGAGAUGAAGUUCACCCUGAGGGACUGCAACAGCAUUCCUUGGGUACUGGGGACCUGCAAGGAAACUUUCAAUCUCUACUAUAUGGAGUCAGAUGAGUCUCAUGGAGUAAAAUUCAAGCCAAACCAGUACAGUAAGAUUGACACUAUUGCAGCUGAUGAGAGCUUUACCCAGAUGGAUUUGGGCGACCGCAUCCUUAAACUCAACACAGAAGUCCGUGAGGUUGGGCCAAUAAACAAGAAAGGGUUUUAUCUUGCUUUUCAGGACAUUGGAGCCUGCAUUGCUUUGGUUUCAGUCCGUGUUUAUUACAAGAAGUGCCCUUUCACAGUCCGGAAUUUGGCCAUGUUUCCUGACACAAUUCCAAGGGUGGAUUCUUCCUCUCUGGUGGAGGUUCGGGGCUCCUGCGUGAAGAGCGCUGAGGAACGGGACACCCCAAAAUUGUACUGUGGGGCAGAUGGGGAUUGGCUCGUGCCUCUGGGACGGUGCAUCUGCACCGUGGGAUAUGAAGAACUGGAGGGCUCCUGCCAUGCUUGCAGACCUGGAUUCUAUAAGGCUUUUGCUGGAAAUGUGAAGUGUUCCAAAUGUCCUCCACAUAGUUUGACCCAUGUAGAAGCAACUUCUGUCUGUCAGUGUGAAAAAGGUUAUUUCAGAGCUGAAAAGGACCCACCAACCAUGGCAUGUACCAGACCACCUUCUGCUCCGAGGAAUGUGGUUUUUAACAUUAACGAAACAGCUCUGAUGUUGGAGUGGAGCCCUCCGAGCGACACUGGAGGGAGAAAGGAUCUCACUUACAGUGUCAUCUGUAAGAAAUGUGGCUCGGACGCCAGCCAGUGUGAGAUCUGUGGGGGAGGCAUCCGCUUCAUCCCCAGGCACACGGGGCUCAUCAACUCCUCGGUGACGGUGCUCGACUUCGUGUCGCACGUGAACUACACCUUCGAAAUCGAAGCCACCAACGGGGUCUCGGAGCUGAGCUUCUCUCCCAAGCAGUUCACAGCCAUCACGGUGACCACAGACCAAGAUGCACCCACCUUGAUAGGUAUGGUAAGGAAGGACUGGGCUUCCCAAAACAGCAUUGCCCUCUCCUGGCAAGAGCCGGACUUUCCCCAUGGAGCAAUUCUGGACUACGAGAUCAAGUACUAUGAGAAAGUCUACCCACGGAUAGCGCCGGCAUUUUGGCACUACCUGCGGGUAGAAGAACAUGAGCAGCUCAGCUAUUCCUCCACAAGGUCCAAGGCUCCAAGUGUUAUCAUCACAGGUCUCAAGCCAGCCACCAAGUAUAUAUUUCAUAUCAGAGUCAGGACGGCAGCAGGAUACAGCGGCUAUAGCCAGAAGUUUGAAUUUGAAACUGGAGAUGAAACUUCUGAUAUGGCUGCGGAGCAGGGGCAGAUUCUUGUCAUUGCCACUGCUGCUGUUGGUGGAUUCACUCUCCUGGUCAUCCUCACUUUGUUCUUCCUGAUCACUGGGAGAUGCCAGUGGUACAUAAAGGCCAAAAUGAAAUCUGAGGAGAAAAGAAGGGCUCAUUUGCAAAAUGGACAUUUGCGUUUCCCAGGACUUAAAACAUACAUUGAUCCAGACACGUAUGAAGACCCAUCUCUUGCUGUCCAUGAGUUUGCAAAGGAGAUAGAUCCUUCAAGAAUUCGUAUUGAAAGAGUUAUUGGGGCAGGUGAGUUUGGAGAAGUGUGCAGUGGACGUCUGAAGACACCAGGAAAAAGAGAGAUCCCUGUUGCAAUUAAAACUCUAAAAGGUGGCUAUAUGGACAGGCAGAGGAGAGAUUUCCUGAGGGAGGCCAGUAUCAUGGGACAAUUUGAUCACCCAAAUAUAAUUCGCCUCGAAGGAGUUGUUACAAAAAGAUCCUUUCCGACCAUUGGGGUGAAGUCUCUUUCGAGAUUCCUGAGGGCGGGAUUUUUAAAUAGCAUCCUGGCCUCACAUCCAGUGUCAGGAGGUGGAUCUUUACCCCCCAGCAUUUCCUCUGGCAGACCAGUAAUGAUUGUAGUUGAAUACAUGGAGAAUGGAUCCCUUGACUCCUUUCUGCGGAAGCACGACGGCCACUUCACAGUCAUCCAGCUGGUUGGAAUGCUGAGGGGGAUUGCCUCUGGCAUGAAGUACCUCUCAGACAUGGGGUACGUGCACCGGGACCUGGCAGCACGGAACAUCCUGGUCAACAGCAACCUCAUGUGCAAAGUCUCCGAUUUUGGUCUGUCACGAGUGCUGGAGGAUGACCCUGAAGCUGCUUACACGACAAGUGGUGGAAAGAUCCCCAUAAGGUGGACUGCUCCUGAAGCCAUAGCUUACCGCAAGUUCUCUUCGGCGAGCGACGCGUGGAGCUACGGGAUUGUCAUGUGGGAGGUGAUGUCCUACGGUGAGAGACCGUACUGGGAGAUGUCCAACCAGGAUGUUAUCCUGUCUAUUGAAGAGGGCUACAGGCUUCCAGCUCCCAUGGGCUGCCCAGCUUCUCUUCACCAACUAAUGCUUCACUGCUGGCAAAAGGAGAGGAACCACCGUCCAAAAUUCAGUGACAUUGUCAGCUUCCUGGACAAAUUGAUCCGCAAUCCAAGCACCCUUCACACCCUAGUGGAGGAUGUACUUGUAAUGCCAGAUUCACCUGGUGAAGUUCCAGAAUAUCCUUUGUUUGUGUCAGUCAGUGACUGGCUGGACUCCAUAAAAAUGGGUCAGUAUAAAAAUAACUUCAUGGCAGCAGGUUUCACAACUUUGGAUAUGGUCUCAAGAAUGAAUAUUGAUGACAUUAGAAGAAUUGGAGUUGUACUCAUUGGACACCAGAGACGAAUAGUCAGCAGUUUACAGACUUUGCGGUUACACAUGAUGCACAUACAGGAGAAAGGAUUUCAUGUAUGAAAGUACUAGAACCAACUGUGUUUUGUGCCUCAGCAUUUCUAAAAUGGAAAAAUAUUCUCAUUCUUUCCUUCUGCUCUUCCCAACUUCGAGGACUGCAGUCUCCUGUUCAGACUUUACAAGUACUUCAAUGAUAAUGCUUCCAAACCGGAGUUUUUAAUCACACUGCACAGCUCCUCCACCAGUUAUCUGCCGAUAAAAUCCUGGCCUACUGCAAGACUCUUGCUACACAUUGAUGAAUAACUCAGCAUGGAUGUGUAACUUUGUAUAACAGUAUUUGGGAAACUUUCAUGAACUUACUUGAAAGUAGUAAUCUAUUUGGCCUGGUGUGGCUUCUUUAUCGAUGUAUUUAGAGUUUGCUGGUAGAUCAAAAAAGUAUUUGACUUCUUUCAUGUUCUGUGACCAUGUAACUUCCAAUACCAAAUGUGCAAUCAAAAAGAAGUUUAACAUAAAUAUUUAUUUUAUCUCUUAAUUAAAUCCAAAUGUAUGGGUCCUAUCAUAUUACUUUAUAAUAGUUUGAAAGCUGGUGAGAUGGUGCCUCAAAAUAUUACUAUUGUUUGAAGAAAUGAUUGAUGAUUUUAUGUAGCGAGUUUUCAUUGUGUGAAUAAUUGGAAGGAUAAUGAGAGUAAUCUGUUUGAAAUCUUAAGGAAGGUCCUUGAUUUUUAAUUACUUCAGCACUCGACACUUUUUAUGCUUUAAAUUUUUAUGAUUAGGUUGGAAAACUUGUUCAUCCCUGGGAUUCCUCACCAUCCUUCAUUGGUUUUUUUUUUAAUGUAAUACUCAGCAUUUGCUUCUACUACAUGGCAAAUAUUCACCAGAAAACUGAUUGUAACAUUUCCAUGACCACAUGUAAAACACGGUUGUCAGCUGUAUUGUGGCCACUCAGACUUUAGAAAGCUUUCUGUUCCAGAAAUGCAGGUCUCUGCUGAUUGGACUUGGGCAUAAUUCCCAGCAGCAGUAGCAGACCUUAGAGGGCCAGCCAUCAGUGGGGUGAUGUGGUUAUUCCCAUGGGAGCAGGCCAGCCGUGUCCUCCUCCAGCUGAGGGCAGCGGUACAACCACCCACUGAUGCUGGAAGUUACACGCUGCAGGAUUCAGUUAUCUUGUACAUGGGCAGGAAAGGAGAUGUAGGACAGCAGUGUGGCAACAUGUUGCCUUGACUCUGCUUCUGACUGCUUUUAGAAGUGAAAAAGCAGAUUCUGCUGAAAUGGAGCUCUGGUCACUACAGGCUGGAUCUUCAUUUAGUACAAAUAUCUAAAGGACAUCCAUGAUAAUUACCUUUAGAACCCUUCAAUAGCCAUAUUUACAUGCAAGAAAACGUCUGCAAAGGCCUGACAUAAUAUUUGUACCUCUCUUAAGACUUACAGCUUUCAUGUUUUAUUCAGACAACUCACAUGGACGUGCUGGGCUACACUUCCAAAUUUUUGCAUGGGAUAUGCACUACUGGGAACAAGGGAGCGACCGCAUGUCUGUGUGCUGUGAAACCACACACAGAUCUACAAUGCAUGUCACAUGUAACCUGGCUGCAGAUGCUUUUUGUUGACUUAUACGUGGUUUGGAGGAUAUUUUUGAGUUAUGUGGCAUUCCAGUAUACUCGAGCCUUACAACUCUUCUGUUGAAACGUGCAUCUUGGGUAAUUAGUAUAGUAUGUGUGUAUAUCAAAAUUAUCUGACUACUUUAUGUAAUCAUAACAAUAUUUACCGCUUAAUUUGCAGCUUGUAAAUGUAUUUCCUAGCUCUUGGAAAAGGCUGCCAUUGCGUAUCAGUGGCAAAGAACAAAAAUCAGAAAGUAACUCAAGAAAGAUAAUGCUUCCAACCAGAUCACAGAGUAAGACACGCUAGGCCUGAUUCGGUGUUGUCACUUUAUUUUGGAAUAACUGCAUUAAUUUAGAAGAGAUAACAACAGUGCACUAUGUAAACUUUCCUUUCUUUCCUUUAAAAAAAAACUAAAAGGCAGAUUUAACUGAGGAGCAAGUUUCAUAAAGAUCAAGAUUCUCUGGGGUGUUCCACAAUGCCAAUUGGAUGAGUUUGUUUAAAGCAGAGCAGCUCCAGUCCUGUUCUAGCUACAAAGGUAAUUUUGCCAGCAUGAGCAGGAGCAAGUUUCACAAAGAUCAAGAUUCACUAGGGUGUUCCACAAGGCCAAUUGGAUGAACUUGUUUAAAGCAGGGCUUGUUUAAACAAGCUCCAGUCCUGUUCUAGCUACAAAGGUAAUUUUGCCAGCAUGAGCAGUCCCCCUUAACUCAGUAGGACUGCACAAGCAUGUGUGUUUUGCAGGAUCACAGGCCUUUAGUUGGGGGAAAAAAGUAUCUGUCCUUUCCUGUGACUGUCGCUUGAAAUAUUCCACCCCGAUUCCACAUCUGAAUAAUUUUUUGGUAAAGGUUCUCUUAUGGAAAGAAAAUCAUACUUACCUGAAGCCCAGAGUAAUUUGAAAGCUGAUUUUCCUUUGUCAUUUAAUUAUCCAUUUUGCUUGCCAUUGCUUCCAUGGGCCAACAAUGGGACGUGUGGAAGAAGCCUCUCCCACAAUUAAAUACAUUACUGAUGAGGUACGAGUCUGCUAUUUGUUAAUGGGGUUUCAAAACCAUCCAUAACUGAUCCAAACCAUGUAUGUGCACUUUCAGAUUGUCUUUUGAAAGAUUUUUCAUUCCUGGUAGUGAGGGUUGGCAGAAUGACAUUGUUACAUGCACACAACCUGGAUAUAUUUCAUGAAAAUAUAUUUCUAAAUUUAUCACACUACUGAAAAUAUAUUUUCAAUAGAAAAAAAAUAUAACAAUAUUAAAACAUUUAUUAAUCAGAUAUAUUUUUUAUAUAACCAGUGUUUGGGUAACCAGAAAGGAAGGAACAAGGGAUUCUUUGAGUGAGGACAUUUAUUAAUAACAUUGUAAAUCCAGGAUUUUGUGAGUUUAUACAGUUUGUUUUUCUGUUGUUGUUGUGGUGCAGUAUGACACUUCUAUAAUAGUUAUCUUGAUCAAAUUUAUAUUUUCCUCAUUUUGGAAACAUUUUAUUUGCUCUUGUGCUGAGUCCAAGUCUACUCUUGGUUUGGGGUUUCUUUCCUAUUUUAUCAUUUAAAAACAAACAAAAACAUAACAGGUGUUAUUUUUCAAAUGUGAGCUUAAUUCUGUGCAGGCCACAAAUGUAUAUGUGAAAUUAGACUAGCUUUCUUUGUUACAGUGGAUACCUUCUUCAGGUGAAAAUUAGCUCUAAUUAUCCUGCAUAUUGCAGUAUGCAGUUGGAGUUUAAAUUUCACAAAUUUAAGCAAAUUUAGUAGGCUGUUUCUGAGAAUCUGGCCCACAUUACUGAGCGCUUCAUGACUAAAAGCAGUCACUGAAAGUUCACAAAAUAAAGCGUGUGUGAUAUGCAAGCAACAACAAAAAAAAAGGCAUUAAAUUGUGGGCAUCAUAAAGACAUUAUUCUAAGUUAUUUAUAAAGUAAUAUUCAUGUGUAGAUUUUUCUCACAGCUCUGAUUUCAUUGAUCUAGAAUAAAAUCAUCUAUGGGCACUAUUACCACCCAGUGAUACUUGUGUAUCACUUAAGCCUCCAAGACAGCUUAAGUGAGGGCCUUGACUGCUGAGCAGGACCAGGGCAGUGUCUCUUGGCUGGUACGUGUAUCCCACCCCUUUCCAUUGUGUGGCCAAUCCCAGUGCUUCCAAAGCUGACUGACAACCAACCUGGACAUGCAGCCAAGUGGGGUGGUCAUCUAACCUAGAAACCAUAUCAGUCAUCCUUACUACCCCCACUUGUCAGUCAGAGACCUGAGACCUGCUGGGAGGAAUCCUUCUGACCUAAUUUUGGAGGUCUGCAUUUGAGCUGGUCACCCGAGGCUCCCUUUUAAUCAGCGAAGUGGGCUCCUGUAAGAUGUGAGUCAUCUGAAAAUUCUAUCUAUCUAUCUAUCUAUCUAUCUUCUAUCUAUCUAUCUAUAAAUAAAACUAUUUACUUCUGGGUUAGAUGAAUUGUGCUAAAGAAGCACCUGUUUCUCUGCAUUCAGUGAUAGCUCAUAUCCAGCCAUCUGUGCUCAGUCAGAUGAAUCUCAUGCCAUAAUUGUAUCCAGUCCUUAUGCUGAACCUGUGAAAAAGAGAGGAUCUUGUUCAUAAUGCUGACGUUAAAAUUGAAAAAAUCAUAGCAGAAGGUUUAGUAGAUUUUAGUCAUGAGGUGUUUCCACACUGGAAUUACUGAGAAGCAAUAGGAUGCCAUGAGGUGAAAGGAAGAGAAUUGGGUGACGUAACUUAAAUUUUUUUUUUAAACAAAAUUAUCCUUUUUGUUUCCCAGGAACAUAAAUUCAGUGUCUGUCCAAUAAAAGCUUAGACACCUGCUAUGCUUUAGGACAUCAGCCAGGACUUUUCAGCAUAAGGCAAUCCUUUAAUUUCAAUCAGUGCACUCAACAACUAAUUCAAAUAAAGUAAUUGCUCUGGACAAACAUUCUUCUCCAGAAUUGUGCUAGGUGUUAGUUGGAUUAUUCUGGCACAGAACUCACAGACUGCAGUACUUUGAUUUUCACAUGAUUUAAGACUAUCUAUUUGCCAUUUUUUUACAUAAUGAGCCUAACAUGGGCUUCAAUAAUUUCUUUUUCAGUUCAGAUUCCUACAGGAUCCAAAGGUGGGUCAUAAGUAACAUACAGAUGCCCUUUAUCCAGGUGUAGUUGAGAUUUACCAUGUGCAGUAGCUGGGACUGUGAAGGUGCCCCCUGAGACUCUACUAAUCUCAGCAAUUUCCAUGUCAGAAUGACCCCAUGGGACUGGAUCAGCACAGACAACUCACUUCUAAUCCAGUCCAACAUAUCUUCAGUUAUGGUCAUAAUAAAAAGUCUGUCUUCCAUUGCAUCUUCUAGGGACAGUACUACAAAUAGAGAUACUUAUGGCAUUUGCACAUGGUUGAAGAGCACUGUAUUCUGUUAAAUAGUUUCCUUCCAGAAUACCCUUGUUUACCAGUUGUAAUUGAUCUUUCUUGAAAAAAUGGCAAGGAUAAUUUUUUCUUUUUUUAUAAUAGUACUCUCUUUUUUUUUUUUUUGAGAAUGAGGGAAAGACAUAUUGGGCUGGGCUAACUCUUAGUAGGACAAUGAUCUUGAAAUCUUCUGGAGAGACAAAUGAAUCAGUACUGAAAAAGGAAAAAAGAAUCCCUAAAGCCUACAAUAAAGUAAAAAGGGAAGAACUGUCCAUGUCAUGCCAAGGAGCUCUAACAAAACCACAAAAGAGUUGUAUAAGAGAGUUGCAGGUACUCACAGCUCACACACAUCUCCUACCAUCAAAUACUGUAUUUAGUGGUGCACACUGCUCAUCCAUGAGUGCUAUGGUUGUAUAUAGUUCCUCAGAUUAUGAACCUGGAUAAGGCAAGCAAAUUAGGGUUAUAAAACUUUUGUCUAUAUGUACAUAAAGAACUGUAAAUAUAAUGUGUAUCAUCAUGUCUGAGGUUUUUCAAACCUACAAAUUAAUUACCUAUUACCAAUAACAAUAAUGGGUUUGAUCUGCUCCACUGGCUUUUGAAAUGUUUAAUGGCAUGCACUGUAUGUAUGUUGCUCUUCCCAAAAUUCCUUGGCUUAUUAUCUAGAAAGGGGCAGCCUCUCUUUUCCUUCACUGGCAGAAAAAAAACAUUUUCAAACUGGCUUACAGAAAGCUGAUUACCCUUCUACUGCCACCUCACCCAACCCCUUCCUACUGGUUCCCUUCCAGAGAACAACUAAUUACUGUAGAAAUCAGUGAUCACAUAGGGGAGGCAUUAUUAUUAUAAUAAUUAUUAUUAUAAUAAGAUGUAGUCCAUGCUAUAAAAAGUUUGGGCUCCUCUGCUGAAGUCACCAAAGAUGUUUAAGCAGUAUAUAAAUUAUUUUCUUUUAAGUAGCCAUUUUUAGACACUUUGGAGGUUAAAAUGAGGGAAACUUUACAGGGAGUAUGAGUAAGGAUACGCCAGCAUAUAGUAGAAAAAGAUGUACUGCAUUUUAGAAAGGAAAACUAACAAAAAUGAUGAAAAACAUAAGGUUGAAAAAUGGAUGAGUUAAAAUAUAUUUCCAUAUUUUAUAUGUGAAAUAAUGUAAUGUCAGUUCAGUGAAAUCUAUUUGUGUCUAUGUUUCUUUAAAUAUGCCACAUGAAUAUCUCGUACCUUUAUUUCCUGAAAGAGAUUUCCCAAGUACCUCUCUCUUCCACAAAAGUUUAGCAUAUUAUCUGACUUUUCAUACCUGUGUAAUUAAACUGGAAUAAAAAAUGCAAGUUCUGACACUGAAGACACAGGGGAAAAAAUAUAUUAAAAAGAUCAGUCUCAAAGUAAUUUGAGGUUUUCACACGUGUUCUCUCUUCCCAUCCAAAAUUUUGACCUAUAUCAAACUAUCUGAGCUCUUUGAAUAGUAGUUGAUUGCACACAUAUAUCAGUAAUAAUCUAAGUGCUGUGCCAUGCUCAGAAACUCCUGAAUCUGUAAACACUUAUGUGUUUCUGCAGCUUAUUUCAUAUAAGAAGGAUGAUUUGAAAUGGGACCAUAUACAUGAGCAGGACUUGCAAAUCAAAAUUCCUACAAAAUAUUUUUAAAGCAGCAUGAGAUAACAUAUUUUGUCAUUCUUUCAAACUUCAGUACCAUAUAUAGUUUCCUUGAGGAGUCCAGUAUAUUCACUGACCCCAUCACAAAAUCUCCUGCACGUAUUCUUGAUAUAUGAGUAGAUAUUGUUAAAAUUUGAGAACAAACCAUAAUAUUAUACUAGUACCUCUUCAUUACUGAAAAUUCAAUGAAGAACUGUUAAGCAGCAGCAUGUAUGUUGAGCAUGGUAGGCAAGCCAAACCCCUGGGACUUAAAACUCACAAAUCAAAGAGAAAUCUAGCUCUCUGUGACGACUGGGGCCUUGACUGUGUAGAAUUGACCUUGUAUCUGGAAUCUGAAAAAUAAGAUUUUGGACAAAUCUGCUUUGGAAUCUAAAUAUUCAUUUCUGGUUGUGGAUGAUGAAAAAGUUCCCGCUGAAACAGUCUGGGGAGUAUUUUCACAAUAUCAUCACUGCAUAACGCUCUGAGUGAUAGGAAAAAAAUCUACUUGCUGAUUUUCCAGGAUCCAGUCCACAACAAAAAAAAAAAACAGGUACAGUUGUCAUUAUUUAGAUUAGAACAUCCAGCAGACACAGUUCUGUAACCCAUGAGUACUUGUCCUUAUUGUUGCAUACUGACUUUUUUGAGAGGAACCUAAAUAAACAGUGAAGAAUAGAACUAUCCAGUUAAGAAUGGUUUACAAACUGAGUUUCAGGCCGAGCUUGACUUGAAAAUGAUUAAGAAGCAAAAAGGAAAAGCAUAAUAGGAUUCUUUUUUUCUUUAGGAAGUUGAAUGCUCUGAGCUGUAAAACUUACCAUCACAGUCUCUAUGUACAGUAGAUUAGCUGAAAAAGACAAAGGGCAGCCAGUGUUCCAAAUCUGUAGAUUAUUUCAGUUACUAAAUGUCAAACUCACAAGUUCCAUUUUUGUCUUGGGAAGGUUCUGCUCUAAAACACCCUGUAUUUCCAAAUCCUGCUGAGUGAUUUUAAUAACCUUUUUGAUAGGGUAAUUCCUGGGACAGUGAUCUAACUGUGAGGAAUUAAAUGUUUCUGUGUCAACAGGCAAUAUCCACGGGAGUUUGCUACUGACUUCCGUGGCAGUGGGGUGAAGCCCUAUGUCAUACAUAGUGUGUAAGCUUCAACUCUCCAAACAGACUCUCCUUCACCCCACUACUGUCAAGGCUGAUUUGCUGUUGGUGAACCAGCUCUUAUUAGGACAUGUGCUGUCUUGUCACUCAAAUGGAUUGCCAGUUUCAAUGGAUUGCCAGUUUCAAUGGAUUGCUAGUUUCAAUUUCUCUGUUGAAGUGUUUUAGGUUCUUCAGGGCAUGACCCAAAGUCAGUUAUAUCCAUAAGAAGAUGUCAAUAGACUGAAACAGGUUUUGAAUCAAAGGUUUUUACAGAUUUGUGUGGAAUGGAUGACCUCAUUUAAUGGGGGAGAAGAGAGUGAACUGAGCCUAAAAGACAAGGCCACUACCUCAGGGACGUGAUCAAAUAGGCCAUGGUUGCCUUCAACAUGGGAAAAAUAAACUGCAAGAUGCAAAAGGUGGUUGCUUCACUGUUGUUUUACCUGGAAUGGUCAACUCUGACUUUGGAAUAAGUAAUUAAAAUUAUCUCCACAUCUAAUAGAGUAUCUAACAUGAAUGGUUUAGGUUUGUAGGGUUUUUUCCCCCAGACAAUUCCCAAGACUUCUGGAUUUAAAUUCAGGAUUAAAUAACCACCCCCACCAAAUAAACAGAAGCUAGAAAACAAAUAGGAUUUGUCUAUCUUUCUUCUUUCCUAAUCUUAAACCAUUAUGCAAUAUGAUCUCCCUCUCACAAUGGAAGUCCUAUCUGAGCAUUUGCCUCUUUGAACAAGCUGCCUCAUACUUCUAGUGCAUUGCAGUCUAAGUUUUGAGAUUUUCCAGUUAAUGAAAGGCACAGUAGCAAAUAAAAUAACUAAUGCCCUCUUAGUUAUAUCCCGUUGUUUGGAUUCUUUCAUUAAUUCUCUUUCUCAAGAAAACCAUCCUACUCCAAGAUUCCCAGCAAGUAAACCUGUAGGCAUUUUAAAGCUUAUGGCCAUGAUAUCCUAUCUGCCUGUCCCCAAGAAACAGUUAAUUUGAAUUGGCAGUGUAGCAUUUUUAUCAGCAUUUCUUCCGCAGCAAUUUCAUCUCCCAACUUUUCUAAGUAAUGUAGAGAGGUUUAUUUCAUAUUAAAAGUGGGAAAAGGUGUUUCUUUGUUAACUCUGGUGAAGGGACUGGAUUCAGAGUAUGUUGCUCUCACCUAGAGCCUUCCAUCUGGCUUCUGUUAAGGCCAAUGUCAAAAUUCUCUGCUGGUAUCAGUUACAUCAUGCACAGCAGUGUGUGACUGAAAACCCAGAGAGUCACAAAAAGGGCUUGUUCUUUGGUGCAGUAUAACUCCUAUUGACUUCAGUAACUUCUCUGCACUUCUCAGGAUUGCACCUGUAGUUUAGCAAGGAAAAAAAAUAAAUCUUUAAAGGAUCAUGUGAAACCCUAUUUACUGAAAGGCAAUAGUUUAUUUUGUAGAAAAGCAGCAUUCAAUGAUCAAGUUAGAAUUAACUGUUUUCAUUUUGUCAUCACUUUUUUUAGAAAAAACAGACCACUUUGACCCAUAGAAAAAAAAAUACAAAAAAAAUAUUUUACUACCUUCCAAAAAUGAGCUUUGACUUACUCUUGGAAGAUAACGUGGUUGGUAUGCUUUCUCAGGAUAGCCUCUAUCUAUUUCUGUGUGUUGGUUUUAAACGUAUCUGAAUUAAAAGGGGUUUUAAUCUCUGUCUCUUCUGUGAAAUUAGAUUGUACACAACUAAAUAUGACUGCUUUUCAUAGUUUGCUGUUCUAGCAUAGCCAUAAAAUGUAUCAAUGUAUGUGUAAAUAUGAAUAAAUAUUUGAUGACAGACACUUUAGAUUAUAUAUUUAAGCAGCCAUGUCAAAACUUUACAGGUAGAUGGCUUCAAAAGCAAUGGUAUAAUCAUAAUACUCGCAAACUAUUUUACAAACAAACCGUGGCCUCAGCACUGAUCUCAUAUCCUUACCAGUAGUCUGAAACUCACCUUUUCUUUAAAGACCCCUUGUUUUGCCACUGCUUCUUUUCCUCUUACUGAGGCUUGUUUGAAUAAUGACAGCUCCCUGUGGCUCAGUCUUCACCACUCAUCUCACAGCCAAGCAGCCUUGGUACUGCAGUACCGGGGGUUCUGCACCUCUGAGCUGCAUCUCCACCAGUUCUGAACUCGUGUAGCCUUGCACAGCACAGACAGGAUCUGCUCGUUCUGGGAGACUGAACAUUUCACAGCCGGUGUCGUUGGUUUCCCCCUGGGACUGCCUCCCGCCUCACAAUUACUUUCCUUCUCUUAUAUAUCUCCCAUACACGUUCCCACUGCAUUUUCUUUCUGCCUUUUUGCCUGUUUAUAACAGUACUGUAGGAAUAUCUGUGAAAUAAAAAGCUCACUGUACCGAUUUGCAGUCCCAAGGGGAAUUUACAUUAGAAGUGAAGUUGUUAUUAUUUACUGAAAAGUUGGUGUUAUCUUCUUUUUUUUUAAUUAUUAUUCUAUUCCUACAAUAAUAUGAUGUUCCAUGUAAAUUUUCAUGUGCUGGCAUGCCUACAAGUUAAUAGUGUAAUAGAAUGCUCAGCUCUCAACAUUAGAGUGUUUUUAAGGUGAAUUGCAUUACAUAUACCAUCUCUUUACAGCAAGAAUAUGGGGUUUGGCAAAACUACCUGCUGAGCAACAUAAUGAGAUUUUUGUACAAAGUACAAGUUAUUGAUUAUUAUUGUAUUUUAUUUUUCUAUGAUUUCCUAAGAGGCAUUAUCAGGUCUUACAGAUGGGGUAAGCCUGUUUAUUAAGAUAUUUAUUAGCAAAUAAAAGUUACAGUACUGGUGGUUA